AAAAUAGAAAAAAAGAAAAACGGUUACUUUUGUUUUGUUUUGUUUUGUUUUUAACAUUUUUCAACGUGCUUCAAUUUAAAAUUUAAAGAACUUAGCGUCAAAUACAUUAUAUAUUUCUUGUUUAUACAAUAAACUUAUACAAUUUUAUUAACAAAAGAUGAGUGAUAGUGAUGAAUAUGAUGAAUCAUUUAGUGAGGAGGAGUCGAUAAAUGACUCCCAAGGGCAGGAACAAGACAGCAUGAUCUUUACCCACAAGAAAAAGCUGAUAAAAGUGAUAGAUAGUGACAGUUCAUCUUCAGAGACAGAGGAGGUAGUUUACGCAAAUAAUUCAAAAAAUCAGAUAGAAACAGUAGACAGUGAUGAUUCAUCAUCAAAUACUCCAGAGAAGCUUUAUCAAAUUGAUUCAUCUAAUCAAGUCAAUAACAGUAGCGACAGUUCAUUAUCAGAAACUCAGGAGAUCACUCAUAUAAAUGAUCCAUGUGAUAAGAAUGACCAGACUUCUGCCAAACACAUAGAGGGGUUAGCGAUUGAGUCGCAAAGUAUCAUGUCAUCAAAAUUUUCAUCGAUGUCGAAUGCGGCCUCCAAAUUAUCAAGUGAUCAAAGUGGGCCGCUUUUAGCAGAAGAUUCUAACACUGAAAUUAUUGAUGCUACCCCUGAAAGUGAUGAAAUCGAUGUACCAAAUAAUGCACAGCAACCCGAAGUAGUUCAGGAGAAAUCAAAACACAAUUCUGGUGAAGAGGAUAUUCUUAAUUUGUCUGAUAAAAUGAGAAAGUCGAGAAUGACUGAGCAGUUUUCGUUUUUUGGGGAAGGUAUUUUAAACAGUACUUCAAUACAUCCUAUUGGAGAGACGAAAAACUGGAGAGCCAGUAAUGCCAAAUGGGACAUUCAAAACAACGAUAGCAGUGACAGUGUCGAAAUCAUUGACGCUAGUAGCGAAAUAAUAAAUCUUAGCAGCAAGGAAAUAAUUGAAACACCGCCAGAGAGUCCUAUAAAGCCCCCUAAAAAGAAGACUACAGUUCAGCCAACAUUGAAGCAUUUUGUUUUAUCUCCACCAAAAAGUUUUUCUCGUCCGAAAACUCCUGCAAAGACUGAAAAUGAAAGCAGCGAUCAAAAACAACUGGUAUCCAGAGCACAAUACGAAAAACAACAAGAGGUAGUAGAAAAGGCCGAAAUUGAUUUUGUUAGAUUACAAAGUACUGUGGAAAACGUCGAUAUGGCACUGUUACCAGAUAAAGGACAAAUAAUGAAACUUAGAGUAAAAGAAGCGGAACAUAAUUUUAUGAAACAACAGGCGAAAUUAAACCAAAUGCAAAUUUCUAAUGAUAUUGUGGAUAAUAAGCCGGAAGAAGCUUCCGCCAAUAACAUUGCCUGGGAAAAUAUUCAAGCUGGAGCCGAUGCUGUUAUGCCUAGAACAUUUGGAAAACAAGCUUUAUCGACAUUAAAUGCACAAAAAGCCGUUACUUUGGAUCGAUUACAGCAGUUACACGGGGCAUUAUUGACUUGCCCUAAAGAGGAUGACUUAGAAAACGAUCCUAAAGGAAUUAAGGUACCAUUAAUGCCCCAUCAAAGACGAGCAUUAGCUUGGUUAAUGUUCAGAGAAAAAGAGAAACCUUCGGGAGGAAUACUCGCCGAUGAUAUGGGACUGGGAAAAACCUUAACUAUGAUUGCAUUGAUUUUAAAAACUUUAAUAAUAGAGAGGGAAGAUAAAGAUUCAGAUUAUGAAAAUAGAGAUGAAUUUAUCGGGAAACAUACCAAAUUUGAUGGAGGUAGCCUUAUAGUAUGUCCAGCGAGCUUGAUUAACCAAUGGGGAGGAGAAAUUGAAAAGAUGCUUAAACACGGCAUGCUUUCUUAUAAUUUAUAUCAUGGAGCUAAAAGGGAGAAAUACCCAAAAGAAUUAGCCAAAUACGAUGUGGUGAUAACAACAUAUGCCAUUAUCAAGAAUGAAAAUGAAAAACGAGGGCCCGCGUUUAGAGUGAAAUGGAGAAGAAUCAUUUUAGACGAGGCCCAUCAGAUUAGAAAUCACAAAUCACAAACUUCGGAGGCGUGUUGUCAACUUGCCGGAAAAUCAAGAUGGGCGCUAACAGGAACUCCACUGCACAAUAAAGAGCUGGAUAUGUACGCUCUUUUGAAAUUUUUGAGGUGUUCGCCAUUCGACGACUUACAGGUCUGGAAACGUUGGGUCGGUGACAAAAGCCUCGGUGGCUCAGAGCGAUUACACACAGUAAUUUCUUCUUUGAUGUUACGUAGAACAAAGGCAGAACUGAUGCAGAAAGGGCAAUUAACGGCUCUUCCAGAAAAAAAAUGGCUUCUAGUCAAAGUGGAGAUGGAUGAAAGUGAGCAAGCGGUUUACCAUAAAGUACUCAUUUUCUCCCAAACACUUUUUAGUCAGUUUUUACAUCAGAGGGCCGUGAAAAAUCAGGAUUACGCUGACUUCCAUGGACAAGGAAAUAAUGUUCACAAUGAGGAAUAUAAUAAAAUGAGAGAAAAACUACUGAAAUUGAACAAAGUGAAGAACGUCAGUCAGCAUGAGAUCUUGGUAUUGCUACUGCGGCUAAGACAAAUUUGUUGCCAUCCCUCUUUAAUAACUGCCAUGUUAGACGACGAUAUUCCAGAUUUAGAUAUCAGCGAUGAAGACAAAGAGCAACUUAACAUUUUAGAGCAAUUAAAAAAGUUAAACCUUGAAGACGACGAGGAUGUAUAUAAACCAGAAGAGGCGAUUGCGGAAUCGGUGCAUGUAAACAAAGUUAAUUUAAAAGAAGCGACAAAGGGACAUCUUCAUCCAUCCGAUCCGGUUUUUGCUGCGGAAAGGCCUAGCAGUAAAAUAAAGAAAAUGAUUAAAGUAUUAAAAACUGAAGUAUUAUCCAAGGGAGACAAAGCAAUAGUAGUUUCACAAUGGCCAUCAUAUCUCCGAUUACUGAGUGACCAUUUAAGAAAUUUGGGCAUUGAGAUUGAUCAACUCGAUGGAACAGUGCCUGUUAACAAAAGACAAGAAAUGGUCAACAAUUUUAACAACCCCAAAAGUUCCGUAAAGGUAUUGCUGUUAUCCCUCACCGCAGGAGGCGUGGGUCUUAAUUUAGUCGGUGCGAAUCAUUUAUUUUUAUUAGAUCUACAUUGGAAUCCGCAAUUAGAAAAUCAGGCACAGGAUAGGAUCUACCGUAUGGGACAGAACAAACCAGUUUUCGUCUAUAAGUUUAUGACCGUGGACUCCAUUGAGGAACGCAUUAAGGGACUGCAGGACAACAAACUGGCAAUGGCCGAAGGUAUUUUAACCGGCACGAGGCAGGUUGAUCAUAACAAAUUAUCAAUAGACGACCUUAAGGUCUUAUUUAAUAUGUAGGCCAUUGGUGUUCCUUUUGAUUACUGUAAUUUUUAUUUUAAUUAGACAUUUUAUUUAGCGUA